AUGUCCACCGACGAAAAUGACAACAGUGACAACGAUCCACAACAGGACGGGAAGGUAAUCGAUGCGUUUCCAGACGAGGAGAAUGGGGAGAACGAGCAAGUAGUUGGUGGGCCCACGACGAAGCAGGGACAAGGACAUGUCAGCAGCUUCUUGAGACGCCUUUCAUCGCUGGGCAAGUCGACCAAGGACUUCGUCAAGGGAAAUGACGAUGACAAUAGCGGGAGGCCCCAGGAUUCGCCAUCCCCGCCACCGCCAAACCGUCGGCGGUGGUCGCUUAGUAAGUUCACGAAGGACCCGUUCAACUCGAUGAAGAUGACUCAGGAGGAAGAUGAAGUGAUUACCACCACUGAGGGUGAAGAGCGACCACAACAGCCUUCCCCGACAAACAACAGCUAUCGACGCCGUUGGUCAUUGCUGUCAAAGGUCACUGAGAACCACACCAACGUCACAGCCGACGCAUGCCAAUACAGCGAUGACAACGUGGACCACUGUCAAGGCAACGAUUCCAACACUUCGUCGUCACCAAUCAAGGUAGAUUCUACCACUUCCGUUGGCGCGGUGGACACUCGAUGCAUUCGCGACAUCCAAAGCGAGGCCCAGCGAGUGUGCUCCGUCAUGAGUGGGGACGCCAAGCGACAUCUGAAGAUCCUUCGAAGUAUAGACUCUUCGAACGCUGUGAUCUCUGACGUCAAGACUGCCAUCUCCCAGGCCAACGUGUGGCUAGCCGAAUGCAUAUCCCCCACCAACAACGGCAGCGAGGACAUCCGGCUCAAGGUGGCCAAGGUCACGCAGCAAUUCCAUGCUGAACGAAACCUUUUGCACGCGAAUCACAUGGCGCGCAGCGAGAUCAAGAGGCUUUGCGAUUUGGCCACGAAGAACGCGACUUCAGCCAAAGUCCGGGACGACCCGCCCCAGCAGCAGCAUCGAACUAUGUCAUUUUAAUCGCAUUGUUCCAUCUUUG